AUGGACUGCUGCCUCCGCGUGUACGGGCUGGCCAUCGCCAACAUGGUGUGCGUCGGCGGCACGGGCUUCCUCGUCUACGCGCUCGUGAAGCUCGCGAGGACGCCGCACAGCACGGGCGGCAUCGUCGUCGUGUCCAUCUUCCUCGUCUUCUGGCUGGGCGUCGGCGCCAGCAUCUACCCGGCCUUCUGCGGCUCGCUCUUCCCGUGGUCCGCGCUGGGGCGGUGCCUGGAGCCGCCGCUCAGCGCGGUCCUCUGGCUGCUCUGCUUGCCCUGCAGGUGCGCGCGCGCCGCGCGGCGUCGCCUGAUGCGCGGUGGCGGCGGCAACGACGACCAGGGCGCCUUGCCGCAGUGUCACCAAGGCUACAGCAUCGGCGUGCUUCCGCGGGAGCCACCAGUUGGUAGCAGCAGAGCGCGGCGGGUGGCUGCCACAGCCACAGCUGCCGACAUCCCGGCGUACGAGCAGCCGGACGGCGAGCUGCCUGACGGUGACGGCUCGCCGGACUGCGCGGUGUGCCUUGGCGCAGUGGAGAAGGGGGAGAUGGUCAAGCGGCUGCCGGUGUGCCUGCACAAGUUCCAUCAGGAGUGCAUCGACCUGUGGCUACGCAACCAUUCCACAUGUCCAGUCUGCCGGUGCAACGUAUUCGCACCGCUGCCGGACCAAUUAGUGUGA